AAUCAUUACAUUUUCGGUUUAAUAUUGUCUGAAAAAUAUUAAAUUUGACUAACAGACCGUGACCAAUUUUAUUUUGUAAAUAGUUUAGUUGCAUGUACAUAUGAUAACUCAGUUUUCUAGCAGUAAGUUUUUGCAGUCUGUGGAUCAAUAGCUUUCAAGCAAUACAUAACCUUUUUAAUUACAGGAUAUGAUGAGUUGAUCGAAAAGAGGUGCCUUGAAAUGCUUGCUGUGUCACCAACAGAACAAAUGGAUUACCAUUACAGUUUGACAAUUUUAUUAUGGGAUCAUGUCAGAGACUACACAGACUGUUACAGACAACGCCACAGAGCAAGUCCGGGGUGUCCUAACAGAUACAGCAGCCGCCGAUCUGUUCAGAAGACACCUGAGUACCGCCUUGAGUAAGGGGUCUGACUUCAGCCGUCAUACCUUGGUUCAGCAUGGACAAGAGCUGAUAUCUGCGCUUCCCACCCUAGCGAGACCUCGAAGAUAUGUGACACCUGCGCGACCAAGGAGGGCCCCGAUCCGCCGACAACCCACAGGUGACAGACGAUGAUCCACCAUUGUAAGGUUCAAGGCCUGUGCGCUCGACCACCCGCUCUACACAUCAACAGCAACAGUGAAUCACACAGAGUUGUUAACCAAAGGUCUGGGUAGGCGACCAGACACCACCUUCUCCCUUCCGUCUACUGGGACACAGUCUGACCUGAGAAACAAGAUCAUUGAGUUGUAUCCUAAUCUCCACACUAUACCUUUUGAGCUGAUGGUGGGUCAGGCAAGAUGCAAGUUGGAGUUGAUUCCAAGGGAAAAGUCUCUUCAAGAGCUGAAAGCAGAUACCAAAUCGUGUGGCUUUGUGAGACUCUGGGUCCUACCAGACUACCAUAUUGGUCCCCAGAUAACUGCUCCUACAUCAUCCGCCUCAAUGCCAACCGUGACGCUUACACAAGCCAUCCUGUCAACACCAGCAGUCAGGACUACGCCAGCCAUCCCGUCAACGCCAGCCAUCAUGACUACGCUAGACAUCCCAUCAAUGCCAGCUGUCACGACUAUGCCAGACAUUCCGUCAACACCAGCCGACACGACUUCGCAAGCAAUCCCGUAAAUGCCAGCAAUCAUGUCAACGCCAGCCAUCCUGUCAACGCCAGCCCUCACGACUACACCAGCUGUUGAGAUUGACUAUGAUUUACAGAUUGACGUUCAAGAAAUUCAGAAUGCACAGAGUGAUUCCCUAUAUGAGCCAGCUGGGACACCCACGGUUCUCUUUCGACGUCAACAGACUGUCUUUGACAUAGCAAGAGACAUGGACCAGCCUGAUGACCAGACAGCCAACCAGUCAUCAGCCGUUCUGAAUGAGUUCAUCCCUGCUGUUCAAACAGCACAAGCCAUUCUACCUAGCCGUAUAACAGAUACUGCCAGAGAGCGGCUCCAACAACUAGCCAGUACGUGCAUCACCGGUCCCAUUACAGACCCUAUGCUCCUGGAGGUGAGACGAAACCAUGUCAUGAAAGACGCCCUAGGCACCAUACGGUACUCACAAGAUGACCUCAGCAGCAAACUCCAGAUCAAGUUCAUCGGUGAGGCGGGUGUUGAUCUCGGUGGUCUCCGUCGCGAAUUCUUUUCCCUCCUUGUAUACCAGUUCAGCCAUUCAGCGCUGACAUCAGGUUCUCCUGGGCGCCUCACAUUCAGGAAGAACUAUGUGGAGCGUGAGAAAAACACCUUUUUCUACCUUGGCCAGCUGUUGGCUCUGUCCAUUCUCCAAGAUGGUCCAGGUCUGCCUGUGUUUGCUGACUUUGUGGUCAAGAAGAUCCUCGACAUCAGAACCAAUGGUGUGAAUCCAAAUGACCUCAAUCCAGAGAUGGUAGCAACACUUGAAAAGAUGACACAUGCCUCAUCAGACAGAGAGUUACAAAAGCUGUAUUUCAGCAUUUACGACCAGCGAGAGGCAGCAGGCUUCAUCCUCCCGUGUAACUCAUUAAAAAAAGACCACAUCCCCUUCCUGCAGUCCGCCCUUGUGAGCAACAUGGUCCUGGAUUGCAGCGAUGAACUGGACCAGUUCAUUGAAGGUCUACGAACUCACAAUGUGCUGACAUUGGUGAGGGAGGAGAAGCUGUGCUGUCUCUUCAGCGGUGGGAAACCUCCAGUCACCGCUGCUGAUGUAAGAGGUCUGCUUAACUUCAAGUACCGUUAGGAUAUCAACC